UUUGAUUAUCUGAAGAAUAAGGAGACCAAGAUGUGUUUCUUGUUAUGCUCUUUAUUUCCUGAAGAUUAUGAGAUUUAUGUAGAGGAGCUGGUGAGAUAUGCAUGGGGACUAGAGUUGUAUAAAGGUAUGGGCUCGAUUGAAGCAGUGAGGAGCGAAGUGCUUGCUGCGAUGGACAUCCUCAGGAAUUCUUGUUUGUUGUUAAAUUGUGGAGAAAGGCAUGUUAAAAUGCAUGACUUGGUUCGUGACUUUGCUUUGUGGAUAGCAUCAAACAGAACGGAGUUUUCUUUUAUGAUAAAAUCUGAGGUUGUUGAAUUGUGGCCAAAGGAUGAAAGUUUUGAGCCUUACAAAGCAGUCUCCUUCAAGACUAGUCGGAUUGUUGAACUUCCUAAAGGACUGCUAUGCCCAAAUCUCAAAAUUCUUGUACUUGGUGGAGAUAAGAAGAUGACAACUUCAAGUGAAUUCUUUGAAGGAAUGACAGCAUUAAAAGUUUGCGCUUUGAAUUCUAGAUUGAUAUCUCCGGAUGCAUUUCAGUUUCAAACAAACCUUACAACUCUACAUUUGGAAAGUUGCAAACUCUUGGACAUCUCAGUGCUUGGGCAGUUGAAGAAACUUGAAGUUCUUUCAUUUAGUUGCUCUGAUAUCAAAGAAUUGCCAGAAGAAAUAGGUGAUUUGGAUAAUCUUAAAUUGUUGGAUUUAUCAUAUUGUGAAGAACUGCAGAGAAUCCCUUCUCAGUUAAUACGAAGAUUGUCCAAAUUAGAAGAACUAUACCUGCAUGGUUGUCAAUUAUUAAAAUGGGCCACUGAGAGCACUGUUCGAGAAGAAAGAUUUGCCAGUCUAUCAGAGUUGAAUUCCUUCUCAAACUUGAUUGUAUUAUCUUUAGAGGUUUCUUCUGAAGAUAUUCCAAGAGACUUUGUGUUUUGUAAAUUACAAAGGUUUUAUGUUUGCGUUGGCUUUGACUUUUCUGAUUUUUAUGGAUUGAAGAUGGACUCUGAGAUCUGCCCAUUCUCGAGAUCUUUAAAGAUUGGGGGGUCUAUAAUAGAGGCAUGCAAGCAGUUAUUUAAGGAUACAGAAUCUCUUAAUCUGAAAGAUAUGGUGGGUUACCCAAAUCUUGUUCCAAGCUUGGAGUCGGGCCAAGUGGUAUUCAGUAAGCUGACUUCUCUGGGUAUUGAGAGUUGCGAGCAUAUGAAAUGUCUCAUUGAUACUACAAAGCAGCAGGUGCUAACCAAUGCAAUUCCAAUUCUACAAAGUCUUGAAAGGUUGGAAGUUAAAUCUUGUGAUGAGAUGCAAGUGCUAUUUCAGAUUGCUGAAUUGAGGAGCAUACAACAAGGACCCCGUCGUCAUGUAAGCUUACAAAGUUUGAAGGUUGUAACAAUACACAACUGCAACAAAUUGAGACAUCUCUUCCCAACGUAUGUUGCUGACAGUCUUGGACAACUGGAAGCACUGAACAUAUCCUCAUGCUUGGAAUUGGAAGAAAUAAUUCCCAAAACGGAAGUGUCAAACAUCAAUCUCCAAAGUCUAAGGGAAGUACAUAUUGCUGAAUCGACGAGCAUACAACAAGGACCCAGUUAUCAUGUAAGCUUACAAAGUUUGAAGGUUGUAAUGAUAUACAACUGCGAUAAAUUGAGAUAUCUCUUCCCAACGUCUGUUGCUGAAAGUCUUGGGCAACUGGAAGUGCUGGACAUAUCCGAAUGCUUGGAAUUGGAAGAAAUAAUUCCCAAAACGGAAGUGUCAAACAUUAAUCUCCAAAGUCUAAGGGAAGUACAAGUAAGUGGCUGCAGUAAGUUGACAUCUCUUUCCUCAUUGUCACAUGGUCAAAUUUUGGAGAAUUUGAGAACACUUCACAUUUGGAAUUGCUCUCGAUUGGAAUAUACUUUUCCAAUCUCAAUGGCUGAAGGUCUUCCGCAGCUGAAUGAGGUUAGAUUGCAAAGAUUGCCUGAAUUAAAAGGAAGGGAUGGGAAUGACAUUGUACUCACGCUGCCAUCUUUACAAGAUUUGUGUGUGGAUGAUUGUCCACAAUUGACUCCUUUUAUCAUUUCGGCUAAAAUACAGGUGUUACAAUUUUUGGAUAUGAGAGAAAGGAAGCAAUCAUGCAAUCUGAUAGUUCCUAAAUUGGGACAAAAAUUAUCAAACAUGGAAUAUUUGACCAUCAUUAAUUUUGAAGAGUUAUUUGAUGGUGGAUAUAAUCUUUCAAGUUUGAAGGAACUAAUAUUGGGUGAUCUACCUGAAUUGCGGGUGGCAUGGAAAGAUCCCAUCCAAGUUGUCAACUUUCAAAACCUCACUGAUUUGAAUGUCUAUAGAUGUGGAAGGUUAAGAUAUAUCUUAUCACCAACCAUUGCUCGAAAUUUGCCACAAUUGAGCUCUUUAUGGGUAAAUGAGUGUGAGGAAUUGGAGCAAAUUAUUGAAAAGGAUGGUCAAACUUCAUCAGAAGGUCAUCAUCUCCAACCCAUAUGGCUCCCUAAUCUGACUGAAAUACGGAUUUACAAAUGCGAAAACUUGAAAAGUCUCUUUCCGAAGAGUGUUGCUUAUGGCCUUCCAAAACUGCAAUCCUUAACUGUUCGGAAUGUCUCCAAAUUAGAACAAGUAUUUGAGCAAUCAGGAGAUGAGGCAAAUGGUAGCGAGGAAAAAGAGAAAGUGAUACAGUUACCUCAAUUGGGCACCUUAGGUCUUGAAAAGCUACCGAACCUUGUGAGCUUCAGCCCUGUGGGUUAUCAUUUCGUAUUCCCAUCUUUGCAAUCUUUAUCUGUAACAGGUUGUCCCAAUAUAACCACAAGCUUUAGUGUUGAUUCAGAGCAAUCUGGGCAUGCCAAAACAGAGGCAAUCCGAUCAAUUGAUGAAAAUAUAGUGGAAGAGUCUACUGGAGCUCAACAAACAACAUGGCCAAUUGGUAGUGCUAUAGAGUGGUGGUCUUGACAAAGAAGUUGAAAACACCCCUUUUUGAGAGGAGGGAGAUGAAGAAAUGAAUGUGAGUUUGAGAAGAUGCCAGUGAAUGAAGCAGUUGCUAAUUUGCCGCAGCAUUUCGCAAAACUUUGUCCCAAUUUCUUAGACUUGCAGCCAAAAAUUGCGAUCAUAUUAGAAUGCAAAUUUCUAUGAGGGUACAUAAGACAGCAUUCCUGUUUAUUUAUGUCUUGUUGUUAUCAGCUAAAAGUUUAUAGUUUGUUGUCCUUUCCACUAGCAGACUUGAAAACAAGGAUCUUUUAAACCAUCAAUGCGCACAUUUUAAUUGUCUUUGUGUCUCUGUAAGGAAGUCACGUUAAAGUUCAUCAACUCUGAAUUUCAGUUGAAUAGCAUUGCUUCCUCCCUCUAGACAUUAGACAAAUCACAAAUCAUUUUGCGGCAUAAGAAUUGCUAUAAGAAUUCCUUGCAUCAUAAUUUCAUUCAAUUAGACUGAUUUUUUUUUUUUCCAAACAGCCUGUCAAAACCAAGUUUCCCUAGUUGAUGUUCUUUAGUUGAAGGGAUCUUACUGAGUUAAAUACUUACUAGAAUACAAAUAAAUGAAAACAACUAAGUUGAUGAAAAAUGUUGGAUUGAAAUGGUAUGUGUAUAUAUGUUCAGCUUAGCAGUCUUCGUCAUUUCUUGCAAAAGGAGAAUUAAUCUUGAUAUUAGAAGUCAAAACUUAGAA